AUGCACACCAUUAUGCGUGCUCUCGCCGCGGCGGCACUGGCAGUGACCGCCUUGGCUUCCCCAUCCACGCCGAGGGCUGUCACGCCCAGCCCAUGGACCAACUUCAACGACAACGGCGUCUUCUAUCCCAGCAAGAAUGCCACCAGCUGGCGCACUCUCUACGGCCGCACUCUGCAGCUCCCGGAUAAAUCCAUCCUUCUUUCUUGGGAGGACUACGACCCUGACGCUACUUUUACGUACUUCCCAAUCUGGAAGUCGACCGACGGUGGUGCUUCAUUCAAGUAUUUCUCCAGGGUCGACGACCAGGUCAAUGGCUGGGGCAACUGGUACCAACCUUACUUGUAUGCCCUCCCUGAAGCUUUCGGCGGCUACCCCAAGGGUACAAUUCUGCUUGCUGGAGUCUCUACCCCUCGGGACCUCAGCCAGGCGUAUAUCGAUCUAUACGCUAGCACCAAUCAAGGCCUGAACUGGGAGUUUGUCAGCCACAUUGUCUACGGCCCAGGACGCGAAGUCAUUGACAGAGGCCAAAAAGCUGUUUGGGAGCCAUCUUUCUAUAUGUACAAGGGCCAACUGAUCUGCUACUAUUCGACUCAGGUCGACCCCAACCACAACCAAAAGCUUUCGCACAAAACGACUACGAACCUACGCCAAUGGAGUCAGGAGGUUGACGACGUUGCGCAGCCAGAUGCCUCGGUGCGUCCUGGCAUGGCAACCGUCGCCUACAGUUCGGUCUCCAAGAAGUAUGUCAUGACCUUCGAGUAUUGUGGAGGUCCCAUCGCCGGUGGCUGUCCUGUCUACUACAAGGUCUCCAAUUCUCCUCUGACAUUUGGAUCCGCUGGCUCCCAGCCAAUCAUCCCGUCCGAUGGUAACCUGAACCCGAAUGGAAGCCCGUAUGUCAUCUGGACGCCAACGUCGGGCAGUCAGCCUCCCAGCGGCGUUUUCAUCGCUAGUGGUGGCAACCGCGAGGAAGUUUAUGUCAACACCGAUGCCGUUGAUCCCAAUGGUUGGAAGCUCGUCAACGUUGGACAGUGGUCGGCCUACUCACGCGAACUUCGCAUUAUCAAUACCCCUACGAAUAGUGCCGCUCAGGGGAAACAGAAGCUUCUGCUCACUAACGGUGGAAAUAUUGGUUGCUCUGGAUCGUGUUACAAUUAUGUGGCCAAUGGAGUGGUAGAUAUCCCGACUUAUCCUCCAUCCUAG